UUGUUAUGACGUUGUCACGUUAAACUAUCGUCUGUAAACCGACUUUACAGACAACCAAUUUUUUUUUAUGAAUAAACAAUGAAACCGGGAGCAUAACGCGACUUUGAACCCACCAGCAGUUGUUAUCUGUGGAAGCUGCGCGCAGAUGCGGCGGCCUCUGGCGAGGUCUGCAGUUCCCGUCAGCCAUCAGUGUCUCGGAGCUGCUGACGAGACUUCCAGCUCGUCCCGUGGAUCUGUUGCUUCCCGGGCUGAAUGUCCGGCAUUUCCCCUAACAUACUAUGUCUUCAACUGGAAUGGCACGGGCGAGUCUCUCCCUGCUGCUGGCGUCGUGCUGCGCCCUGGUGGCCGCCAGCAAGGCACCCGUGGUGCUGCCACGGCCCCCCUCCCACCCGCAGCACCAGUACGCCACCGCCCAGCCGGGCCAUGCGCCCGUCACCUCCAGCGAGCUGCCCAAGCAGAUCCCACCCCCGCCACAGCCACCACACAGGCAGAGCUCCACGCCCCAGUACCACGACCCGCGCGAGCUCAGCCGCCUCAUACAGCUGAUACUGGUGGCCCCGGACGUGGGCGGCGACACCACGCGCUGGAGGAAGACAGACUACACCUCCAACGAGGUGUGACCCUCUUCCCCUGGACCUCAUGAGGCAGGGCUCCACCCAACAGUACCACGACCCGCGCGAGCUCAGCCGCCUCAUACAGCUGAUACUGGUGGCCCCAGACGUGGGCGGCGACACCACGCGCUGGAGGAAGACAGACUACACCUCCAACGAGGUGUGACCCUCUUCCCCUGGACCUCAUGAGGCAGGGCUCCACCCAAAAGUACCACGACCCGCGCGAGCUCAGCCGCCUCAUACAGCUGAUACUGGUGGCCCCGGAUGUGGGCGGCGACACCACGCGCUGGAGGAAGACAGACUACACCUCCAACGAGGUGUGACCCUCUUCCCCUGGACCUCAUGAGGCAGGGCUCCACCCAACAGUACCACGACCCGCGCGAGCUCAGCCGCCUCAUACAGCUGAUACUGGUGGCCCCAGACGUGGGCGACGACACCACGCGCUGGAGGAAGACAGACUACACCUCCAACGAGGUGUGAUCCUCUUCCCCUGGACCUCAUGAGGCAGGGCUCCACCCAACAGUACCACGACCCGCGCGAGCUCAGCCGCCUCAUACAGCUGAUACUGGUGGCCCCAGACGUGGGCGGCGACACCACGCGCUGGAGGAAGACAGACUACACCUCCAACGAGGUGUGACCCUCUUCCCCUGGACCUCAUGAGGCAGGGCUCCACCCAACAGUACCACGACCCGCGCGAGCUCAGCCGCCUCAUACAGCUGAUACUGGUGGCCCAAGACGUGGGCGACGACACCACGCGCUGGAGGAAGACAGACUACACCUCCAACGAGGUGUGACCCUCUUCCCCUGGACCUCAUGAGGCAGGGCUCCACCCAACAGUACCACGACCCGCGCGAGCUCAGCCGCCUCAUACAGCUGAUACUGGUGGCCCCAGACGUGGGCGGCGACACCACGCGCUGGAGGAAGACAGACUACACCUCCAACGAGGUGUGACCCUCUUCCCCUGGACCUCAUGAGGCAGGGCUCCACCCAACAGUACCACGACCCGCGCGAGCUCAGCCGCCUCAUACAGCUGAUACUGGUGGCCCAAGACGUGGGCGACGACACCACGCGCUGGAGGAAGACAGACUACACCUCCAACGAGGUGUGACCCUCUUCCCCUGGACCUCAUGAGGCAGGGCUCCACCCAACAGUACCACGACCCGCGCGAGCUCAGCCGCCUCAUACAGCUGAUACUGGUGGCCCAAGACGUGGGCGACGACACCACGCGCUGGAGGAAGACAGACUACACCUCCAACGAGGUGUGACCCUCUUCCCCUGGAUCUCAUGAGGCAGGGCUCCACCCAACAGUACCACGACCCGCGCGAGCUCAGCCGCCUCAUACAGCUGAUACUGGUGGCCCAAGACGUGGGCGACGACACCACGCGCUGGAGGAAGACAGACUACACCUCCAACGAGGUGUGACCCUCUUCCCCUGGACCUCAUGAGGCAGGGCUCCACGCCCCAGUACCACGACCCGCGCGAGCUCAGCCGCCUCAUACAGCUGAUACUGGUGGCCCCAGACGUGGGCGGCGACACCACGCGCUGGAGGAAGACAGACUACACCUCCAACGAGGUGUGACCCUCUUCCCCUGGACCUCAUGAGGCAGGGCUCCACCCAACAGUACCACGACCCGCGCGAGCUCAGCCGCCUCAUACAGCUGAUACUGGUGGCCCAAGACGUGGGCGACGACACCACGCGCUGGAGGAAGACAGACUACACCUCCAACGAGGUGUGACCCUCUUCCCCUGGACCUCAUGAGGCAGGGCUCCACCCAACAGUACCACGACCCGCGCGAGCUCAGCCGCCUCAUACAGCUGAUACUGGUGGCCCAAGACGUGGGCGACGACACCACGCGCUGGAGGAAGACAGACUACACCUCCAACGAGGUGUGACCCUCUUCCCCUGGAUCUCAUGAGGCAGGGCUCCACCCAACAGUACCACGACCCGCGCGAGCUCAGCCGCCUCAUACAGCUGAUACUGGUGGCCCAAGACGUGGGCGACGACACCACGCGCUGGAGGAAGACAGACUACACCUCCAACGAGGUGUGACCCUCUUCCCCUGGACCUCAUGAGGCAGGGCUCCACGCCCCAGUACCACGACCCGCGCGAGCUCAGCCGCCUCAUACAGCUGAUACUGGUGGCCCCAGACGUGGGCGGCGACACCACGCGCUGGAGGAAGACAGACUACACCUCCAACGAGGUGUGACCCUCUUCCCCUGGACCUCAUGAGGCAGGGCUCCACCCAACAGUACCACGACCCGCGCGAGCUCAGCCGCCUCAUACAGCUGAUACUGGUGGCCCAAGACGUGGGCGACGACACCACGCGCUGGAGGAAGACAGACCCACUGGACUGUCUCCCAAGCGCACAGGCAGACAGGCAGACAGGCAGACCGACAUUUAGUGCAAGUUUAUGAUGCUGGUCAUUAUUCAAGAUUUUUGUAAUGUUGUGUGGGAAUGUGCAAGUUGAUUUUGUGUAAUAACUAGUCAAAAUUUGUUCUCUUGGAGAUGAGGAUAAGCAUACUUACGAACAUAUAGACAAUUCAUGUUUAGUGAGAGUUAUCACCAAAAUGAAAAAUGUUUAGAGGACUUCGUUAGAGAUGUAUAUUGUAUGAUAGGCAAAUGAUUGCAUUAAUAUAUUACAUUCGAAAGAGACCUCUUAACAACUAUGUACUGUACAUUUUGUUUCUCACAGGUGUGCAGUUUAAAACCUGAGCCAUACAUAAAUAUAAUUUGUGAUAGGUUGAUUCCAGUAACAAUAUUGUAAUUUUACCAAACAUUUCUCAAUAAAAUCAUAUUCUACUCUC